UGUAAUCCAAGACAUCGAUCUCCACAUUUUCCUCUCAAAGGUCCUCCCAGGCAGGCGGCAAAUUAAGCAUCAUCAAAUGUCGUCUUCUCUUGAUUAUCGUGGAGUCGAUGAUGAUUUGCUGAUGAAGAUGAUGGAAUCGUCUUCGGAGAAGUCUAAAAAGUUGAGGAGCAGCUGCUGCCGGUGUUGCUUGGGCUUCACCUUCACCGUGAGCCUCACCGCUCUCUUGUUGUGGCUCAGCAUGAUUCCUUCCGCACCAGUCAUCUACCUUUCUGAUUUCUGCUUUGUCGAUAUUACAGGCGCAGGCAACUCCACCGUCGUACAUAUCGAAUUAAUUCCAAAGAACACCAACAUGGUAAAGGAAAUUUACUACGAUCACUUCGAUGUCUCUCUAACUUAUUAUAACUCCUUCAAUGACUCUGACACCAAUCUCAUCAACCCUCGGUAUAAUGAUUCGGCAUCUGGGUUCCAUCAAGGGUACCCUUUGAAGGACCAUUUCCGUUUUGGUCGUCAGUACCGUCCGAACGUGACGAUUUCCUCGGAAUCAGAAGACCUGAAGCAUGAACUGAGGUCCAACCUUCCGUAUGUGCAUUUUUAUGUGGAAGUGGCGGUGACGUGGAGAAUCAUGGGAAGCAAGAAGGGACACAAGAUGAUGGUCCGUGGUUACUUUCAGGUCGAAAGAUCCAACACAUAUAUGUACGAACGCCUUCAAUGGUCUGAAAUUCUGAUGAUAAUUAUUCCCUCUGGUUAUUGGUCAAACUCGGACUGGGGGAUUCAACUCACUGAAGAAUUGGAAAGCCAAUAA